AUGUUACAACAAUUUGUACGACUACAACGUUUCCGACUUCAUUCUCGAUGCAGCUCUUCAAAAUCCGAAUUAACAGCCGAACAGAAGGUAGGGUAAUUCAAAUUUCCAUUUGUGUUUUAGGCGAAGCUUAGAUCCGCUUUACCGGCGUUCAGUGUUGGUCAAGAUGUAAAGAAAGAAGAUGCUUGGACCAGCUCAAUGGACAUUAUUGACGAUGAUAAAGCUGCGUUUGACGAGAUUAGAGCCAGAGGGUAAUUCAAUUUUACAUUCUUUAAAACACGAUUUUUGAGUCACUGAAUCAGCCGCCAAUUAGGCGUGGACAUAGGAAAAAAUCGAUUUUGAGUUUUUGAUUUUAAAAUGACUGUAGGCAUCCUAUAAACAUAAUGCUGAAAUAUUUUUGCCCAAUUCCUUCGUUAACCUACUGUAAUUUACAAUUUAAUGCUUUUAGAGUAAUCGACCAUUACAAGAAAACUACUGAUUAGAAAUGGCUGAAAUUGGCAAUACUUAUGUUUUAGGCCAUGCCCGUCAUAAUAGACAUAGAAUUUUGGCAGUCGGGUUACUGUAACAUACCGUAAUGUGGGUUCGGCCGCACAAAUUCGGCCCUAAAAAAGUUAUUUCUCAAAAGCCGCAGCUGAUUUUUACAUAUGUUAAUCAGCGUAAAAUUCUGCCCUAUAAACAUUUAAAAAAAGUGUAUAAAGCCAUGAUCCGUUUUUCGUGGUAUAGUGGAUUUUGGCCAAAUUUAGUAAUCCAAGGGUCGCGAGUUCGAUCCCCGUGGAAGCAAAAUCCGUAAUACCGCCCAGAACCUUAAAAAAUCAAAUGGGCUGAGUUGUAUAGCAUACACGGGAAGUAUAAAAACCUUUAUAAAAAUUGAUUUGCAAUUUUGAAAGCAUUUUUUGAAGAUGACAUCAGAAUUUUGUUUUUCGUGGAUUACGGUGCAAAUUUAGUUUAGGAAUGUUGGUAAAAAGUACUUCAUAGAGGUUUUCAAGCCUUCUAAAUUCAAUGGGACAAAUUUUUCGGGCCUAGGAUUACUGUAACAUGGAGAAAACAAAUUUCGGCCGCUAAAAAUCGGCCGUAAAAAUGUUGUUUUCAAAAAAACGCCAUUCAUUCUACGAUUUUUGGAACAGCGUGAAAUUUGGCUCUAGAAUCAUUACAUACUGUACCUUAGUUGACCGCUUGAAUUUUACAGAUUUUUUUUGCCGUAAAAUCACAAAUUUUGGGGUGAGUGAAGUCAUCCGCGGAAAUCGAAAAAUAAAAUCAUGAGUUUCUAGGCUAGAAGUAUGUACAACCACUAAUAAAAUAUAGCUUCAAAAUAUUUUUGUUUAAUUCCAUUGCUAAUGCAGUUUUAUUUAUAAUUUUCAAAUAUGAAAAUAAUUCACCACAGAGAAAAAAGUAUUUGACAACAUGACUGUGUUUUGAGUUGAUAUAGUGUGGAAUUGUACGCUGAUUCCAAAAAUCGUAGAAUGAAUGGCGUUUUUUUGAAAACAACAUUUUUACGGCCGAUUUUUAGCGGCCGAAAUUUGUUUUCUCCAUGUUACAGUAAUCCUAGGCCCGAAAAAUUUGUCCCAUUGAAUUUAGAAGGAUUGAAAACCUAUAUACAGUAAUUUUUACCAACAUUCCUAAACUAAAUUUGCACCGUAAUCCACGAAAAACAAAAUUCUGAUGUCAUCUUCAAAAAAUGCUUUCAAAAUUGCAAAUCAAUUUUUAUAAAGGUUUUUAUACUUCCCGUGUAUGCUAUACAACUCAGCCCAUUUGAUUUUUUAAGGUUCUGGGCGGUAUUACGGAUUUUGCUUCCACGGGGAUCGAACUCGCGACCCUUGGAUUACUAAAUUUGGCCAAAAUCCACUAUACCACGAAAAACGGAUCAUGGCUUUUUACACUUUUUUUUAAUGUUUAUAGGGCAGAAUUUUACGCUGAUUAACAUAUGUAAAAAUCAGCUGCGGCUUUUGAGAAAUAACUUAUUUAGGGCCGAAUUUGUGCGGCCGAACCCACAUUACGGUAUGUUACAGUAACCCGACUGCCAAAGUUCUAUGUCUAUUAUGACGGGCAUGGCCUAAAACAUAAGUAUUGCCAAUUUCAGCCAUUUCUAAUCAGUAGUUUUCUUGUAAUGGUCGAUUACUCUAAAAGCAUUAAAUUGUAAAUUACAGUAGGUUAACGAAGGAAUUGGGCAAAAAUAUUUCAGCAUUAUGUUUAUAGGAUGCCUACAGUCAUUUUAAAAUCAAAAACUCAAAAUCGAUUUUUUCCUAUGUCCAUGGCUGAUCCAGUGACUCAGAAAUCGUGUUUUAAUGUUUUAUAUUUAGUAUUUUGAAAGUAAAGAAGGCGUAUCUUCCUGCCAAGGACUGUGGAGAGGUAAUCAAUGAUUUGGCCAAAAAACACUCUUUAACUUUGGAGUCAGCAAUUCCCAACUUAAAAGUUAAAUAUGAAGUAAGUUUUUUGAUUAUCUACCGGGUGGGGGGAGAUUUGAAUUGGCUAUAACUUCUUUGUUUUUCGGCCAAGUAUUAACUCUUUUUUCUCUGAAUCCUCAGAAUCUCCCGUUUUGGUUGAUUAAUCCAGAAAUUCCUUCAUCUGCGUGGUGAAAAUUAAAAAGCUAAAGACGAAAAUUUCGAAAGUUAUGGCUAAAAUUAGGUAAAAAAAUCAUUUUCUAAUGAAUAUAAAAUUAAAAAGUCAAAAGGCUUUGAAUUUCGGCACCUACAGCUAUGUCAAGGACGGUCCGCGAUUUUUGUUCAACACUACAUUUCAUUUUCAGACAGAUAAUUUUAACAACCGAAAAAGGUAAACUAAGAAUUUAGUUUUUUGUUAAUUUUUAUUACCAUGGUCUAAUGGUAUCACACAAAACGGGAGAUUCGGAAGAUUCAGGGAAAUUUUUUUAAACCUUGCCAAAAAUAAAGGAGUUAUAGCCAAUUCAAAUCGGGACAAAAAAUGCUCUACUUUUAUAUUGCCCUCUGUUGUUUAAUACUGGUCUUUAUAGAUAUUAGCAGAAGUUGGACAAAAGUACAGCUACUUUGUUCCAAAUUCACAUUUACAUCGAAUCAAUACGACAGCGGAUAUCCUCAAUUUUUAUAAUACUCCCAAGGAUAACAUUACUACUUACGUGAAGAUUGCUCGGGACGAAACAAAGCCAGAAAACUUGGAGGUUCGAGAAAAUCCAGUCCGGUUCCAUCCUAACGAUAAGCACGCUCAUCACAAAGGAGUCACCGCAUUUCCAGGGGAAGGGGGUCAAGUUAUUUCUUUGAGGAAUAAGAGAAUAUACAGACAAUUCAGACCGAAGAAGGAGUGGUUUGACUUUGAGGAGCAAAACUUUGAUCAUGAAGCAGUGGAUAAAGAUUGCCCAUGGGAUCCCGAAGUGGCAGCCAAGAUGGAUACAUAUGUGGAUCGAAAACUGAAGGGAAGGCAGUUUUACAAGGCCUAG